CUUAACCUUAUAUAGAGUUGGGCGUGACUUGUUUGACAUGUUGUGGUUGCACACGGAUGCACACGUAUUAUUAGAGCUAUAUUUGUAAUGUUCUUCCUUCUUUCAAAUGUAACCAAGCUGAAUACACGUUGGUCUACAUUUGGAAUUCAAGUAUUAUCAUUAAUAAAUAAAUAAAAGUAAUCUAAAUACUAGUAAAAAUAUGCCUAGACAAAGAAGUAGCAGACGAGUUCGUGAAGCUGGAGGCCUAGGGGAGGACCUUAAUGCGCCAACGUUAAGGAAAAAGCUUACAGAACUAGGGAUAAAGGUUCCUCCCACGUUCAGUAAAGCUACGUUGUUGAAACUUUACAAACAAAACAAGGACAAUGGCAAUGAUGCUGCCGUUAAUAUAGUACCUGAUGUAACUGAUAAACCUCGAGAAAUCAAUGGCGCGUCUGCAUCCAAUACUAAUGAUGGAGAGGCUGAUAUCACGGCAUUGCCAAGCAUGUCGUCCCAGAGUAUUACUCAAAACCAAGGGGGAUUACUGUUUGAGGCUAUAAACAGUCUAAAGGACAUGGUUGCAUCACAGAAAACGUCAAGUUCUCGUUUAUUGAUAUCUGAUGAUAACCGACCAGUCGAUAGAGAGGCAUCACCUGAUAUGAGUCUUGGCUCGCGUGGCGUUCCAAUGGAGAACAUACAAAACAUAGAUGUUAUUUCUAACAGCCUCAGGAGAUCAAUCAUAGAAGGUAAGACGAUCAACAUUGCUUGUCUCCUAGUCACAAACUAUGAGGAGCAAAAAACACCAAGUCUUGUAUCAAAUCGCGAUGGCACAAUUCAACUAAAAACAAUUACCAACGUGAAUGAUCCUAAGCUGAAGAAGUUCCUGACAGCCAGCGAGUUUGCUACGGCAUUUGGCAGAUAUAAUCGGAUUAUGUGCGACAUAUUUCCCCAACGACAAUAUGAACUGGAUACGUAUAUGAACGAUAUAUUGGAGUUAUACACAAAAAUAGGCUACAAAGCUUACGAGUAUCACGAACAAUUUUCGGCACAGGCGGGAUCCUUAUGGAUUAACAAAGGAAUUAAGGUCGAUUGGUCGAGGAAGGACAAGGAAUUGCUGCAAAUGGUAUCACUCCCUCGCUAUCCUGAUCGUCCCCCAUUAGAUCAUGAGAAAUCACAAAGAAUGGUAGUGCGCGACAGAAACGGACGUACGCGUACAUAUAUGGAUGAUGGCGGGGAAAUAUGUAACAAUUUUAACUCAGCAGGCGGAUGCAAGAGACCCAUUUGUACAUAUGUACACGCUUGCUCCAAAUGUAAGAACAGAAACCACGGAGAGUCUGCAUGCGGAAAUAAGCAAAGUACAACGCUUGAAAAACCGCCUCGUCCUCAAUGA